UUAUCGAUUUUCGAGACAGUCUCGUAGUGUCUAUGGUAGCCAAAAUGGACGUGUUCUUACCUCGAUCCGAGUAUUGCAUCAUCUUUAAUUUUUCAAAGUUUUUCUACAAAGUUUAACAUUUUAUUUAUAUUAUUCUAUUUACUUUUUUAUGCGGUUACAUUGAAAGUUGGGAUUUGGAUGCUAUAUAUCGAAAAAGACGGGACUAGCCUAAAGAAGAUCUUCGAGACAUAUCGAGACAGAUUAUCGAUACGCAUACAUAUGGCGGCGCCCAGGAGAUAAAUGUUCAGUAUGUGUUCAAUCAGUACAGUGUUGAUGCAUUAUGUUAAUAUGGCACUAUUGGCAUAUCGUUGACACGUCGAAGUCGAUACAAAGCCGACGUCAAUUUUUCCAUUUAUCACGGCCGCUUAUCGCCUUCGUGAGUCGUUGACUCGCAAGUGCUCAAAAACUAAGACCGGUGUCCGAACGUUCAUUAUUCAACGUUUCAACGAUGAGUACCGAGGACGAAAUGUUGAAGUCGUCAAUCCCGAUGUACGUCAACGCGGUGAUGUCCGUGUGCGCGUUCAGUUUGACCGUACACCUGAUUCCGAGGAUAAAAUCCAUGUUUGUCCAAGCUAACCUCUACGGUGUCGACAUGAGUAAGAGGUGCAGUGGAAAAAUACCAGAGGCGAUAGGUGUUGUCACUGGAUGUGUAUUUCUUAUAACAAUGUUCCUAUUUAUUCCUGUACCAUUUACUGAUUGUCUAUUUAGGAAUGUAAACUUUCCACAUAAUGAGUUUGUUGAUUUUCUGGCUGCAUUAUUGUCCAUAUGUUGCAUGCUACUCUUGGGCUUUGCUGAUGAUGUUUUGAAUCUUCGUUGGCGGCAUAAAUUACUUCUGCCAACUAUAGCAUCUUUGCCAUUACUGAUGGUUUAUUAUGUCAACUUUAACUCCACGAUAAUCAUCGUACCAAAACCGUUAAGAUCGUGGUUUGGUUUCUCGUUGGAUUUAUGGAUUUUUUACUAUGUAUAUAUGGGAAUGUUAGCAGUGUUUUGUACAAACGCUAUAAAUAUAUUAGCCGGGAUAAACGGUUUAGAGGUUGGGCAAAGUUUAAUUAUCGCCACAAGUAUUCUCAUCUUUAACAUUAUCGAAUUAUUUGGCAGUCAAUGGAAAGCGCAUCAAUUUUCAAUAUAUUUUAUGCUGCCUUAUAUAGCAACUUCUCUCGCAUUAUUCAAAUUUAAUUGGUAUCCAUCGCAAGUUUUCGUAGGCGACACGUUUUGUUAUCUGUCGGGAAUGACUUUCGCCGUCGUCGGUAUCAUAGGCCGCUUCAGCAAGACGACUUUAUUGUUUUUCAUUCCGCAAAUAAUCAAUUUUCUAUAUAGCAUACCGCAGCUAUUCCAUCUUGUAUCGUGUCCUAGGCAUAGAUUACCAAAAUACAAUGAAAAGAUGGACAAAUUGGAGCCUAGUAGAACUGUGUUCUACAAAUCAGACCUUGGCACACUUGGGAAGCUAUCAAUGUGGAUAUUUCGAAAAUGUAAAUUAAUAAAAUGGGAAGAAGAUUCGGAAGGCUUUGUGACUUGCAAUAAUCUAACUUUGAUUAAUUUUAUAUUGAUCAAGACUGGUCCAUUGAGAGAACCAAAACUUACGUCCAUUUUACUGAUAAUUCAGAUACGCGCCGCGUUUUCCACGCAUGCGCGGGACCACGCGGAAAGAUGGCGGCAGUCUGUCAACAGCAGCUACGUUCCUACGAUUUCUACGUUUUAUCAGCUGUCAUGCCGUCGGAAUCAAAGCUCGCGCGACAUGAAAGCCCUUGCUCUCGUCCGAACUAAAUUCUCGAGGAAUGUUGAGCGACUGAAGGCGUACUCGUAAACCGUUUUAACGGACGUCGGAUCACUCGGAUCUCGGUUUGCUCGCGUUCGUCUCGGGACGUCGCUGUCUAAUUCGAACAAC